GUGAGACCUUCGGAUGUUAGCCGUAAUGUCAGUUUGUUACUAGAGAGCCUUUUAGACGCUUACGACCGUCAACACAGACCAAAGAAUUCAGGUGGACCCACAGUUGUCGGGGUAGAUAUGCUCAUACGGAGCAUGGGCCCCAUCAGUGAAUUAGACAUGGAAUAUUCGAUGGAUUGCUAUUUUCGUCAGAAGUGGAAAGACGAGCGAUUGCGCUUCCGUCGUUUCGCAACCGAAACUAUGAAAGAAGUUUCGAAUAUCUCGCUUUCGAUCAAAAUGCUGGACAAGAUCUGGAAGCCUGAUACCUAUUUUUUCAAUGGUAAAGGCUCUUACUUGCAUACCAUAACCCAGCCCAAUAAGCUCCUCCGAAUAAGCGACAAUGGGGACGUUCUUUAUUCAAUGAGGUUAACAAUCAAGGCCAAAUGCCCAAUGAAACUCGAAAGUUUCCCAAUGGACCGCCAAUCGUGCCCUCUCAUGUUCGGAAGCUAUGCAUAUUCUGAAGAGCAGAUUCGUUUUGAAUGGGAAAACGUCGACCUUGUAGCCGGAAUGGUCUUGUCGCAAUACGAUCUCAUAGCAACACCGAUAUACAAUAUAUCUCACAAGAUUAAUAAUGGUAGGCAUUCGAUGCUCGUCGUGUAUUUCAAUCUCCACCGCCACAUGGGAUAUUUCCUUAUACAGGUGUACGUUCCUUGUGUGCUUCUCGUCGUUCUUUCGUGGGUCUCAUUCUGGAUCAACAGGGAAGCGACGGCCGAUAGAGUUGGUCUCGGUAUGACAACGGUCUUGACACUGUCGACAUUCGGUUCGGACACACGGACCGACCUUCCGAAAGUCCCGUAUCCUACAGCUCUGGAUUGGUUCGUCAUCAUGUGCUUCGCAUUCGUGAUGCUCACACUGUUGGAGUACGCCGGCGUUCAUUACUUCACGAAGGUGGGAUCGGGAGAAUAUUUCCCCGGACAGGAAGACGCUGGCCGCGAGGGUGAGCGUGAUGCGAAUUACGCUGAGGAAGAGGACACUGACGAGGACGAUUCGGUCAGAGAGUGCCCGGAACGAUUUGUGUGGACGGAAGUGUCCUCGCAGGUGGAUGGAUAUCCUAAAACCUUCGAAGUGCCGAUCGGUCCUGGAUAUCGAUAUGCUCGCAGCCCUACGCAGUGCAUUCCGCCACCUCCCAGACCUGCUCGACGCAGAGUACCUCGGUGCCUCCAGUUCAUGUACUGCUUGAUGGGGAACAAGAGGUACAGAGAUGAGAUGAGACGCAGUGCUCCACCAGGACGAACGGUCAACUCAGUAUCCAUCAUAGAUAGAUGUUCCCGAAUUCUCUUUCCCCUCAGCUUUAUUGUUCUCAACUUGAUUUACUGGGUGGGGUACACGCGAUUCGCCAAGGAUGGCUGGCAACGCGGGCGGCGGCUGUGA